UAUUAAUAUUAAAUAUAUUAAAUUAUUUACUAGAGUGACAGUAAACUGUGUGACCGACACAUCAGAGGAGACGCAGUCCGCCUGUGAGGGCUGAAUCUCCGCCAGCGUUACCUGAAGGAGCGAAACGAUCCUCUCGUCCACUCCUCUGCAGGUCCUCUUCUACCUGAACAGCUGGUACUUCUCAGCUUUCUACGUGGCUGAGAUCCUGAUGUUUAUUUAUAAAGGGGUUUUACUGCCCUACCCGAGAGAUAAUCUGGUUCUGGACGUGGCGCUGCUCGUCCUCUUCCUCGGACUCGAGACUCUCCGGAUCUUUUAUGGUUGGAAGGGGAACCUGUGCGAGCGCUCCCUGGCGACCAGCGUGGCGCUCUUCACGCUGCUGCCGUGCGCGGCGCUGGCGGUUUACUACCUGCUGCUGCAGACCUUCGUCCUGCGGCUGGAGGUCAUCCUCUGCUCCGUGCUGCUCUGCUUCUACGCCCUCGAGUUCCUGCUGGGACUCGUAUCUGUGUCCGCCUUCUCCAGGUCCAAAGUAUACUGAAGAAGUUUUCACCUGAAACACAGAGCGGCAGACGAUCAGUUUCUUCUUCUGAUGCCAAGAUGUAAAUAAAACAUUUUAUAUUUUCAUAUUAAAAUGUAAAUCUGUUGGAAUAUUUUCUACCGUUUGUUUUAUAUAUAGCUGUAACUGUUUGUACCAACUGUAAGAUAGUUUUUUUUACUAAUUCAAACUGAAUUGUUGGAAUAAAAUAUUACAAUUUAA